ACGACGACACCUCUCUACUCCUCCCCAUUCAACCCGCGCUCUCAGCGGCAACACGACCGAGCUCUCGCCUACUGCCCCCGAUAGCAGAGCAGAGAACCACCAAUUGGGGCUGAUACGCAAGACGCUUGGAAACGAAAACACAAUACAAUACAAUACAUUACAAUACCGUUCAAAGAUGCCGGCGGUCCGACAAAGCACCACGCUGGCCCGCGCCGCCACCCGAUCGCUGAAAGCCGCGACUGCGCCGACCGCGCGUCCUUUCUCCGUCACCGCUAAACGCCAGGGAGGCGGCUCCAACUUCGACCCCCCGACCGGCUGGCUGUGGGGUGUCAAGCCCGGCGAGAAGUACGAGCGCGAGGGCUGGGAGCUCCCCUUCUAUACCAUCUUCUGCGGCGGCCUGGCCCUUGCUGGUGUUGUCCUCGCCUUCAAGCCCGACACUUCACUCGACACGUGGGCUCUUGAGGAGGCCAGGAGGAGGUUAGAGAAGGAGGGUAUUCUGCCUGACCCGUACCCUGAGAAGAAGGACUAAAUUGUUGCCGUCUCCGGAUAGACAAAAAGGUCAUGGGUUCUAAGACGGGGUGCACGAUGGAAGGGGCAUGAUGGGCUGGGAAGAGAAGCCGGUUGAAUGGUAUCUCAGUGCGGGUUGUACAUGACGACGUCUUGAGUGAUCUCAUUUGAUUUCUUUAAGCCACACCUGUUGGGUGUUUAUUUGUCGACCACUUGGAAUCGGGAGACCUCCAUGCACAACGCUCAAUUUUGUCGGAUCUCUUCCUAUCAAGAAUAACGGACGAUUUUUUUUCUACUACCGUGCGCCAACUCGUAGCCUGACUCUAUGGUAUCCUGGAAUGAGCCUCGACAUCUCAUAUCCCUUGUGGCUUGCUCCGGUGGGUCGAAGGUCUAUGUAGUCGCAAUCUUCCUCGUCUACAAGUAUCUGUAAAUUAAACAACACAUGCUCCGCUCUU